CUGAAGCUGUGCGCGCCCCGGGGCGUGAGACUGCUGAGCGGCACCCCUAACAACGCUGAAAGUUCAGUGUGGCAUUUCGCAGCCUCGCGGGCCUCUUUUGCCCUGGAAGCCGUGGAAGGAGCUAUGACACCCUGGCCUCCACAAUCACCACUGACUACACCUACGUAACCACCAACACGGCAAGUUUACGACACCUCCACCCGCGAUAUCCACGGCAAGGACGACGAGCGAGCGACGAGACCUGGACGCGUCUCCAAAUAACGAGAAUUUCUUUUCCCCGACAGCCUCAUCAUAUCAAAGCGCCCACCAUGACCGCGCUCUUCAACUUCCAAUCCCUCCUUCUAGUCAUCAUCCUCCUCGUCUGCACCUCGACAUACAUACAUCAGAUGUUCCCCGCGAUCCUCGACCGGAACAAGGAUGGCUUGAUGGGCAUCUUCUGGAAGUGCGCAAGGAUAGGCGAGCGGCUGAGUCCGUAUGUUAGCAUAUGUUGUAUCUUCAUGGCGUUCUCCAUGCUUGUUGGCAACUAAAUCAUUCUUUCCCUUGUUACCUCGACACGAAUACACGUUUUUAUAAUGCUUGGCGCUUGUCAACUACGUGGUACUGCGCCUUUUAAUCAUAACUUUGGAGUUGCAGGAGUAUAUGUUCACACUGGGUUUCCACUAAAAGGAAAAAAAAUGGAGAGAAGAGCAUCGGAGAAAGCGACAGCCCCGGCGACAUAAGGAUAGACAGUUUUCUGGACGCGGGACAACAAGGCCGACAAAUUCAAAGGAAGUACUUCAAAGUGAAACAGGCGGAUGGCAAUCAGGCAAUGGAGGACAGCACUGGAGAUGACGAUCUGGCGUGCUCGGGGACACCGACACUUUGCGACUAUCGACGCCCAGAACUCAGCACACCCGGCCAAUCCCUCUCGGUAAAGCGAGAUCGACAGGGUCUUUGUGGGACUUGGAAGCAGCGGACGCCCUAUCGACAAUGCUGGACUCCAUGAUUUUACCGAGAUGGGACCCGAGCGAGCUGAGCUUCGGAUUGCCGGUUUACGACUGUUCUAGACGACUGGGCAAGGCUCGACAGUACGAAAAGAGAUAUGGGAUCAUCGUGGCUGAGAUAUCACUAGUGGAUCACAUGGCAUCAAACUGGUUUCGCCUGGCCAACAUCGCAGAGGGUUCCACGCUCUUGUAGCGGUCACCGGUUUUUGUGUCUGGCUUGCUGGGUUGAGCACGGUCACGAGGUAGCUAAACACCUGGCCUUCGGUCAGUUCAAGAAGGUUCUGGUAUGGUUCUCAACAGGCUGCGGCUAGACUAUCAAGGUUGCGGAUCCUUCAUUAGACUUGGGCGGGAUGUCCUAGACGAUCACCGCGCCAUAUCCCUUUCUUUGAGAGACCAAAUGAAGAGACAAUGAUGCAUUCAAGACCCCCAAUGUCCAAGGUUGGUAGCUAAACAGGGUGUCUGCAAAAAAAAUGUGUCCUCUUCGGCGACUUGUUCCGGUCAUGGCUGCUGAUGUAACUUCUCCGCGACAAAGAAUGUUAGAUCGAAAUGAGGCUGUUCACGUGUUCUUUUUGCUCGCGGAUGUCCUUUCCUCGUAAC